AUGAAUCAAGAUUUGUUUGAUCCUUUAUUUGAUGUGAUAGUUCAAGAAAAUGAUGAAUCAAACGAAAACGAAAUCCACCAAGAUGAUAUUUAUUACGAUAUAAAUAAUGUUGUUGUUAAUAAUGAAUAUGAAGAUGUUCAAGACGAUUAUGAUUUCGAGAAUUGUCAAAUUGAUCAUGUUAUUAAUGAUGAAUCAAUUGAUGUUGAAAUGAAUAUGAAUGUAAAAGUAGCAACAUUUAUUUGCAGUUCCCAAUUGGAUAAAUCAAACGCUAAUCAAUUGAUAAAGUUAUUAAAUCACGUUCAUGAUCAAGAAACACCACCACCAUUGUCUUUAGUUUCAUUAUGGAACCAGUUGAAAGUUAAAUUUAAUUAUACAACAAAAAAAUAUUGUUCACAUUGUAUGUUAGAACUCAUUAAAUGUACAUGUAAUAAUACAAAUCGCGUGCUUAAUUCAGAAUUGAUUGUUUUCUCCAUUACUGAAGAAAUCACUAGAGUGGUGAAAAAUAAUUAUGAUUUAAUUAUGAAAUAUAGACUUGAAAAACAGAAAAACAAAGAUGAUAUUGUACAAGAAUGGAAUGAACUGCACAGUGGUACAAGUGCUCAAACGUGUCAGAUAAUUAAUGCAUUUGAUGAUUUUUUAUCAAAUAUAAAUUAUCCACAUUCAAUCCAUCGCCGAGUAAAAUGUUUUCGCAAAUUUAAUGAUUGGAAGGCUAGUGAAUUACGUUUAUUUUUACUUUACUUGGCAUUACCAUUUUUAUUAUAUUUUUCUUCUUAUUUUUCUCCAUUACUUGUCUAUCAUUUUUCAUUGUAUGCUAUUUAUGUUCGUACAUUAUGCAAAUUCGAUGAACGACAACAUGUUUAUGAUGUACGUCCAUUUAUAGAAACUCAUCUUCAAAGAUUUUCUGAAUUUUAUAAGUCGAAAGAACUUUUAUCUACACAUUGCAACGUACAUCUUUGGCAACAAGUCAUUCGCCAUGGCUCGUUGAGUUCAACUAGGUAUGAUUAG